AUGCCACCCGAUGCUCCUGUUACGGAAGUUGUGGUGCUUUAUCAGAUCCUUGUAAUUGCAACAGCAAGAUUUGUGACCCUCAAAGAAUGGGGGCCAGUCUCGGAUGGCUCCGAUUACUCCUGUUUAGCUCAUCCUUUGAAUCGAGGCAGUGGUGGGGAGUCGAUAGACACCAUUUAUAUGGUCAGGAGCGUGGAUGAGUUAAUGAAAUUUCGUCAGGUAUUAGCACUGUACGUAUAUGAAUAUCUGCUCCAUGUAGGAGCACAGAAAUCAGCCCAGACAUUUUUAUCAGAGAUAAGAUGGGAAAAAAACAUCACACUGGGGGAGCCCCCAGGAUUCUUGCACUCCUGGUGGUGUGUAUUUUGGGAUCUCUACUGUGCAGCUCCAGAAAGACGAGAAACAUGUGAACAUUCAAGUGAAGCAAAAGCCUUUCAUGACUAUAGUGCUGCAGCAGCUCCCAGUCCAGUGCUAGGAAACAUUCCCCCAGGAGAUGGCAUGCCAGUAGGUCCUGUACCACCGGGUUUUUUUCAGCCUUUCAUGUCCCCUCGGUACCCUGGAGGACCAAGGCCACCUUUAAGAAUACCCAAUCAGGCACUUGGAGGUGUCCCGGGAAGUCAGCCAUUAUUGCCUAGCGGGAUGGACCCAACACGGCAGCAAGGGCAUCCAAACAUGGGUGGGCCAAUGCAGAGAAUGACUCCUCCAAGAGGAAUGGUUCCGCUAGGACCACAGAACUAUGGAGGUGCAAUGAGACCCCCACUGAAUGCUUUAGGUGGCCCCGGGAUGCCUGGAAUGAACAUGGGUCCAGGGGGUGGUAGACCUUGGCCAAACCCAACAAAUGCCAAUUCUAUACCUUAUUCUUCAGCAUCACCUGGGAACUAUGUAGGUCCUCCAGGAGGUGGAGGGCCACCAGGAACACCUAUCAUGCCUAGUCCUGCAGAUUCAACCAACUCUGGAGACAACAUGUACACUUUAAUGAAUGCAGUACCACCUGGACCCAACAGACCUAAUUUUCCAAUGGGGCCAGGGUCAGAUGGACCUAUGAGUGGACUGGGUGGAAUGGAUUCACAUCAUAUGAAUGGAUCAUUAGGCUCAGGAGACAUGGACAGUAUUUCCAAAAACUCUCCCAGUAAUAUGAGCAUGAGUAAUCAGCCUGGCACUCCCAGGGAUGAUGGUGAGAUGGGUGGAAACUUCCUAAACCCUUUUCAGAGUGAGAGCUACUCCCCUAGCAUGACAAUGAGUGUGUGAUCCAUUAACAAGUCUCACCAUGAAGACCACAGUGAGUUGGCCCUCUUCAGAGAGCUACUGCAGAAGAAAAUUAUUCGUCCCAGUAUACAGUUUAACAAAAGGAUCUCAGACACAAUCAGACCCACCAUUUUUUUUUUCUACCAUCAUCUCCCCCGUUUUGUCAAGACAGUGGGUCCCAAACAUGAUUGAGACAACUGUAAAGAGUGGCGUAACAGAACUGCCCAAGAUGGAACUGCAAACAAUUAUCUGUGUAUGUACAUGUGUGGGUUAAUGUAUAUGUAUGUGUGUGUGAUAUAGAAAUACACACAUACAUAUAUAGACCUGCAGGACAUUGUAAAAUAUUAUCACAUGACAUCUUAAGUAGAAAUGAGAAGUAGGGACUUCUAUUCCUUCUUUUUUUUUUCCCACGUUUACAUUUUAAUUAUUAAAAUUUGCUUUCCCUCUCCCCUCCUGAACUGUUGUAUGUUGCAUAUAUCACUGCUUUAUAAGUUAUUUUUUAAGGUGAACUCAAAUGAUAAAUUCUUCUGAUUUUGUAAAUGUCUGCCAUUAUGGAUAGGAAUAAAAUUGCUUAUAAGAGCUUUCAUUAACUUGUGUUUGAUACCAGUUACCCUGUGAAUCACAAACUGUACUGUCUCAAGAAAUAGAAGAAAGCUCAUCUUAAUUUUUUGGAGAAAUUUAAUAAUUUUCACCUAGUUUGGUGAUUUUUUUUUAAUACUUUGCCUUUAAAAAAAAGAAGCACUGAAGGUUAUUUUUCUUCUUUAAUUGAAGCCUAAUAUCUGCAAUAUCUAUUUUAAAUGGAAGCCUGAAUUUGAUACAAGCUUCUCAGUUUAUAUAGAGUACUAUAAGGUUACUGUAAGUGAGCUCCAAUUGCUAUAGAAUCUAGCAAUAAAGUGUCAGGGCUGCUUCUUGCCCUCGGAAAUGAGUUUUCUAUUUAGCAUGAUCUUCCAUAGGGGUGGUAGUUAGUGGAAAUACAGUAGAGUCCUUAUCACAGAAACCUUUUCUAAGAAUUUACUACUAUGUUUCCCAUUUUCAGUGAUUCUCAACUGAAUUGUAACAAUCCAUGGUCCUAAUUAUAAACAGUAUUUCCCAAGCCCAUUCAGAAAAUCAGGUCACCC